CACGUGACGUACCUGGCCAGCGGGAAGUUCAAACAGGAGAAGAAGGUGGUGAGCACAGUGCAAAAGGAGCAGAUCCCGCGGGGAAAGAGCUUCUCCUGGAAGGAGAAUCUGAGGAUUCCCUCCUUGCCACCGUCACAGCUGAAAGGAUGCAAGCUGAUCAAAACGCAGUACAUUUUGCAGUUUCGGGUCGGUUCUGAUGCUCGGUGCUCCUGUGACAACAUCGAAUUUGAAGACGAGAUUAUAAUCGGUACGUUUCCAUUGGUGACCAAGAUGCCAACGCCAGUGAAGGUGGCAAAGGCGCAAGUGGACAAGCCAGUUCCGAAUGCGGUGUUGCCUCUUACCAUACCAGCAGAAGAAGGGAAAGUCGAUUCUAGAGAAAAAUUGGUCUAA